CGGGCCGCGCCCUUCCUCCGACUCCGCCCGCGCGCCCGGCAGACCCGCGGCGGCGCGGCGCCCAGUCGGGAGGAUGCGGCGGCGCUCGCGGAUGCUGCUCUGCUUCGCUGCGCUCUGGGCGCUGGGCAUCGCCUACUACAUGUACUCGGGGGGCGGCUCCGCGCUGGCUGCGGGCGCGGGCGGCAGCGCGGCCCGGAAGGAUGACUGGAAUGAAAUCGACACAAUUAAAAAGAAAGACCUUCAUCACAGCACCGGGGAUGAGAAAGCCCAGAGCGUGGAGACCCUCCCUCCAGGGAAAGUGCGAUGGCGGGACUUCCACCAGGAGGCCUACGUCGGGGGAACCGUGGUCCGCUCCGGGCAAGACCCCUAUGCCCGCAACAAGUUCAACCAGGUGGAAAGUGAUAAGCUGCAGAUGGACAGAGCAGUGCCGGACACCAGACACGACCAGUGUCAGCGGAAGCAGUGGCGUGUAGACCUGCCGGCCACCAGCGUGGUGAUUACGUUCCACAAUGAGGCCAGGUCGGCCCUUCUGAGGACGGUGAUCAGUGUGCUGAAGAAAAGCCCGUCCCACCUCAUAAAAGAAAUCAUCUUGGUGGAUGACUACAGCAACGACGCUGAGGACGGGGCUCUCUUGGGGAAAAUCGAGAAGGUCCGGGUCCUCAGAAACGAUCGGCGAGAAGGCCUGAUGCGCUCCAGGGUCCGGGGGGCCGACGCGGCCCAGGCCAAGGUCUUGACAUUCCUGGACAGCCACUGCGAGUGCAACGAGCGCUGGCUGGAGCCCCUCCUGGAGAGGGUGGCCGAGGACAGGACUCGUGUCGUGUCACCCAUCAUCGACGUCAUCAACAUGGACAACUUCCAGUACGUGGGGGCAUCUGCUGACCUAAAAGGCGGUUUUGACUGGAACUUGGUGUUCAAAUGGGAUUACAUGACACCCGAGCAGAGAAGAUCUAGGCAAGGGAACCCAGUCGCCCCCAUAAAAACACCGAUGAUUGCUGGAGGGCUGUUCGUGAUGGACAAGCUCUACUUUGAAGAGCUGGGGAAAUAUGACAUGAUGAUGGACGUGUGGGGAGGCGAGAACCUGGAGAUCUCAUUCCGCGUGUGGCAGUGCGGCGGCAGCCUGGAGAUCGUCCCCUGCAGCCGCGUGGGACACGUGUUCCGGAAGCAGCACCCCUACACGUUCCCGGGGGGCAGCGGCACCGUCUUCGCCCGUAACACCCGCCGGGCAGCAGAGGUCUGGAUGGACGAAUACAAAAAUUUCUAUUAUGCAGCAGUGCCUUCCGCCAGAAACGUUCCUUAUGGAAACAUCCAGAGCCGACUGGAGCUUCGGAAGAAACUGAGCUGCAAGCCGUUCAAGUGGUACCUUGAAAAUGUCUAUCCGGAAUUAAGGGUCCCCGACCACCAGGACAUAGCUUUUGGGGCCUUGCAGCAGGGAACCAACUGCCUGGACACUUUAGGACAUUUUGCUGAUGGUGUCGUUGGCGUCUACGAGUGUCACAAUGCAGGCGGGAACCAGGAAUGGGCCUUGACAAAGGAGAAGUCGGUGAAGCACAUGGACCUGUGCCUGACCGUCGUGGACCGGGCUCCCGGCUCGCUCAUAAAGCUGCAGGGCUGCCGAGAAAACGACAGCAGACAGAAAUGGGAACAGAUCGAGGGCAACUCCAAGCUGCGGCACCUGGGCAGCAACCUGUGCCUGGACAGCCGCGCGGCCAAGAGCGGGGGCCUGAGCGUGGAGGUGUGCAGCGCCGCCCCGUCGCAACGGUGGAAGUUCUCGCUCAACCUGCAGCGGUAGGAGCGGCCGCGGCCCGUCCCCACCAUCAGGCGGAGUCCGGUGAUCACAUCAUUGAUUAUGUUUCUUAGACUUUCCACGAAACUAUAUACCUCAGUAUUCCAUCACGGUCUGAAAAUUGGAGGGCUGCCGCCAUGCGCAGGGCCUGGGCGGACGCGGAAGAGGCGACAGGCGAGGGCGGCCCUGGCAGCACAGGUGCGGCCCGGCCUGGCCCGUGCUCAGCCCCCGGUGUGAUGCUCACUGGACCCCGCAGGAGAGAAGCCACCAAGCAAGCCGGGCCGGGGGCGCGGGGGGCGGGGGUCGAGUCGCUAUGUCACAGCCAGGGGAACCAUUUGAGGUCUCCUUUUGGCCCCAUGACACCGUGCACGGUUUCCGCGCCACCCAGUCAUGCCUUGAUGCAGAUCUACGUUGACCCAUGUUGACCCCUCUCCCUGCCCGCCCAGUUCCAGCCGUCUCCCUAGCACAGACCCCUCCCUCUUCCACAUGACGUACUUGCUAUAUCUGACUGUGGACUUUGAUGUGGCGGGACACUAAACACGAACACCUGUAGAGAAAGCGUGCAGGCCAUCCCUCCGGGCUCUGAGGGUUGUCCUUGUCCCGUAAAUUCCCUGCAAAGCAGUUCACAGCUGUGAGGAGGAGCUCGGGCGGGUGGUGGGGGGAGCCUGCGGCCUCCUUGACCCCUGGAGCCUUGUCGCCGACCAGGUGCUACUGCGGAGGCCCCGGCCACCAGCCUCGGCCCAGGCGCCCCUGCCGGCUUCCAGCCUGGGGUCACUGCUCUGUGUGGGAACCCACUUUUUCAUGUCUGUGGUGUCUGUAAAUCUGGAUGGGUUACUUACGUUGACAAGUAUUUCUUUGGGUUUUCUUACGUUUUCUUUUUAAGAGAAAAGCCCCCCACCCCGCAGCUCCUGAGGAUGAUUGGAAGCUGCCACAGGCCAGCCAGGGCCCUGGCACCUGGCCUGCCCGCUGUGUCCCCCCAGGCCCAGGUGACUGCCUCGGGGGCUGUGGGUCAGAAUUAGGAAGCGCGGACACCAAGCAGUGCCUGGUCAUCGGCACCGAGGAUUCAAGUUGCAGACAGGGGCCGUGAGGUGUAGGAAGCAGGUGUCAGUACCAACCACACACAGUUAAGACCUGAAGGUAAUAAUAGGUGGGGGUGCCUGGGCACCUGUCCCGAUGCCCAGGAGUGUCCUUGCACAGCGCUCCUGCCUCCGAGGUGUCCCCACAGGCAGCGAUCCCUGCAGACCGGCCCCCGCAUGAUGACACGGAUGGGGUGUGGCUGGGUGACUGUGCCCCACGGCCUCUCCCUUCUUGCCCUCUGCCAAGCAGCCAGGUGUACUUCCAGUGCACAGGGAGGCCAUGGCUGGAUUAACUCUGCACACUUGGGUCUUCGGAGGCCGAUCUUGCCUCCAAGUGGGCUGUGGGAGAGAGGCCAGGCCCCUUGCAGGGCUUUUGCAUUGGGGUGGGCGGGAGCCAGUCGCCGAGCCCGUGCCCUCAGCCCGAGCCUUGGGGUUCCGUCACCAGACCCUGCCACCUGUGAGCUACUGCUGCUGUUAGGAAAACUGCCCCACUGAUGGGAAACAAAUUUGGCUUUGAUAGACAACGGAUUUUGAUCAGGUUCUUAGUGAAUCCUUCACCUACUCACCUCCACCCCACCCACCCAGAUGUCUUAUCAACCUUUGUACCAUCAGGAUGGGACCCCUUGGGGGGCCGCUCCCCAUCCCUGAGCUGGGGCAGUGGCCUCGGAUGGUGGGGUGUCUGGAGCAGAGGUAGACUGGGAGGGCUCCCUGGAGGCGAGCGAUGUUUACAUGACACAGUGUGCCAAAGUGACUUACUGUGGCUGCAUUAUUUUUUAGUCAUCGAGUCGACCCCGCCCUCCCACUCCCCUUUGUACAAGUGAAGACUCUUUCCUAGGAGCCCUUUGAGCAAACUGCGGCCGAGCUAGCGGUCUUCUCUGCGGUGGUCUUUCUUAUAUCUUCAUAAAAGCUAACAUGAUGGUAUCUGUGAGUAUGUUUUGCAAAUUCAAAAUAUAGUUUGGUAAUUUUUUUUCCAGUUGAUUUUUAAAAAGAACUGCUGUACAGAGCUUGUACUUUGUCCGUUUUAUAGAUGGAAACCAUCCUCGAAAAUUGUUUAACUUAAAUAAAGAGAAGAUACUUUAUAGAUAA